GGUCACAUACCUUAUCCUUGACUUUCUGGCUUUACUUUUUCAAAAGAAGAAAGUCAAGAUGAAGAGCCAUUUCCUUUUCUGGGGUGUCCUGGCCAUUUUUCUAAAGGCUGUUCUUGUGACAGCCGAAGCUGAAGAUGAAAGGAUUGUUCUUGCUGACAACAAAUGUCAGUGCACCCGUAUUACUUCCAGGAUCAUCCCGUCUCCUAAGAAUCCGAAUGAAACCAUUGUGGAGAGGAAUAUCCGGAUUGUUGUUCCUCUGAACAGCAGAGAGAAUAUCUCUGAUCCCACUUCACCAUUAAGAACCAAGUUUGUGUACCAUCUGUCUGAUCUGUGUAAAAAAUGUGAUCCUGUAGAAGUGGAGCUGGAUAAUCAGGUAGUUACUGCUACCCAGAGUAAUAACUGCGAUGAAGACAGUUAUCUGGAGACCUGUUACACUUAUGACAGAAACAAGUGCUAUACAACUAUGGUCCCGCUUGCAUAUAAUGGCGAGAUUAAAAUGGUGGAAACAGCCUUGACCCCAGAUUCCUGCUACCCUGACUAAUUUCAAUCAUUGCUGAUCGCAAAACUCUGUCUUAAGAGUCUCUCCAUUUUAAUCCAGAAUGAAAUGAAUUUGAAACCAAGAUAUUUUUGGACAAUGUAAAAAUUCCUCUCCCUCACGUAAUUGAAAUACUUUGCUAUUCUUAUUAGGUACUUACUUCUCAACUCUUACAUAUUAAAAACAGUCAAUUAUCAUGCUUGGUGGUAUUUGCUGAUGUGAAUAUUAUUUCUAGCAUUAAAAAAUAGACAAGUAAAAAGUAAAAAUCAUAAGAGAUAAUUAAAUGCUUUAUUUUCUUUUUGUUGGAGAGCCAGAGUUUUUGCACAUUCUAUACUUUUCUCUUUUAGAAGUUUCGCUGUGUAGAGAAAAUAUAUUGUAAAAAAUGAAUUCCAUGUCUUCAAUAGAAAAAUAAUUCAUGAACAUGCUUUAAAUAUAUUUAUAAAAUAGGUUAAGAUGGGGUCUGUAAUAUUUAUAAAAGCAACUUGCUGAAAGUAAUAUAAUUAAGUGAAUAAUUGAACAUUGUAUUUUGGCAUAAUACAUAGACUUGGCAGCAGAUGAAAAAGAUUUUCUGAUAAAUUUUUAUGACAGAUUAUGGUAGAAAUUCCCAUUAAACUCACCCUAUAAUGCAACUAAAUUUAAUGAAAUAUGUAUUCAAAGUAUGUUUUCUCUAACACAGUUUAAACGAUUAAAUAGAAUCAUAAGCAUA